CCAAAUUCAUCAAUAAUCAUAAAUUCACUACUACUCUCACUACUUACAACAACAACAAAAAGGCAAAGACAGUAUUACAAAAUUAACCAUAAUGGAAAAUACUUGUUCAACUAAUAAUUCAGAUUGCAGCAGCAGCAGCAGUGGAAGUAGCAGCAGCUGCAGUGAAUACUCUGAACCAGAAGUCUUUUUAUUAUUAGCUUCACAAAACCCGAAAAAACGGGCCGGAAGAAAGAAGGUUAAGGAGACAAGACACCCGGUUUACAGAGGAAUUAGGCAAAGGAGUUCAGGAAAAUGGGUUUGUGAAGUCAGACAGCCAAAUAAAAAAUCAUCAAGAUUAUGGCUAGGGACAUAUGCUACUGCUGACAUGGCAGCCAGGGCACAUGACGUGGCAGUUUUGGCAAUGAGAGGGCGGUCCGCUUGUCUUAAUUUUGCUGACUCCGUGUGGCGGUUGCCCGUCCCGGAGUCUAGUAAUGUCGAGGACAUAAAGAAGGCUGCGGCGGAAGCCGCGGAGGCUUUUGGUGGAGGUGUGGUGGUGGAAGAGUCGCCGGCGGCGGUGGAAGAAGUUGUGAAUGAUAAAUUAUUUGUUGAUGAAGAAGAAAUGUUUGGGUUUCCGGGGUUUAUUGCCAACAUGGCAGAAGGAUUGAUGGUGCCACCUCCUCAAAUGGUGGGGUAUGAUACUAAUUUUGUGGAUAAUGUGGAUGAUGAAGUGUAUGAUGACAUGUCUUUAUGGAGUUAUUAGGAAACUUGGGUUUAAUUGUUUUAAAUUUAUUAUUGAAGUAAUUAACUUUUUUUUUUUUUUGGAUAUAGAUUUUGUGUAAUUUGUUGGAUAAAUCAUAUAUCUCCUUUGUGGUUA